UCGAAGGAAUUAUGACCGCCACGAGUGGCGUGGCCGGCAGUAGUCCGCUACCAAAAUGGCAACUCGCCCUGGUGGUCGGGGCGCCGGUCGCCCUCGGCCUCGGCUACAUGUAUUACAAGAACAAGAAUAACAGCAGCGGCAGCAGCGAUAGGAUCACCAAAUCGGAACGUGAUAAGUUCAGGAGCGGCGCGACGUCGUCCAAGGAGAAUGGGGCGACCGCCGAUAAGCAGAUCUCCAUCGACGGCGAUUGUCCACCGAAAGUGCCUUCCCCCAGUGCUGAGUCGGAGACUCCUUUACAAAAGGCGCAAAGAUACAAGAAUGAAGGGAAUGUACAAUUCAAAAUGGGAAAAUAUGAUGAAGCCAUAUCACGAUACAAUGAAGCAAUUAAUAUUUGUCCUGAUGAGAAUAAAGAAGACCUCGCAACUUUUUAUCAAAAUAGGGCAGCUGCUUAUGAACAAUUGAAAAAUUAUAAUGCUGUGAAGAAAGAUUGUACAAAAGCAUUGGAAUUAAAUCCAAAAUAUGCAAAAGCUUUGUUACGACGAGCACGUGCUUUGGAACAGUUAGGAGACUUGGAAGCUGCCUUGGAAGAUGUCACUGCCGCAUGUAUUCAUGAAGGCUUUUCUAAUCAGACUUCUCUUUCAAUGGCAGAUAAAGUUUUGGGAAAGCUUGGAAAGCAACAUGCUCAGGAAAAUUUAGCAAAAAAAAAAUUCAUAAUGCCAAGCAAACAUUUCAUCAAAACUUACAUUAUAUCUUUUCCUAAUGAUCCAGUAUUUACUAGGCUUCAACAUCCAGAAGAUAUUCCAAAAUUUUUCAAAAAACCAUUGCAAGCAUUGAAAGAUGAAGAGUAUGACGAUAUAAUACCAUUGUGCACAGAAAUUAUUAAAAGUUCCGAAUUUAACGAGUUACCUUCAUCUAAAAUGGAAGUAUUACUUUUACGAGCUACAUUUCAUCUUCUCUUGGGCGAGCACGAUGCUGCGAUUCAAGAUUUUGAGAGUAUAUUAAAUAGUGAAGAAACGUCCAAAGAUGUGAAAGUAAACGCCUUAAUAAAGAGAGCGACUUUACAUAUGCAACUUGACAAUCCAUUAAUGACUUUUAAGGACUUUGAACUAGCUAUUAGUAUGAAUCCAAAUUAUGGUGAUAUUUAUCAUCAUAGAGGACAGGUGAAUUUACUCAUGAAUAAAAUAGAUGAAGCUAAAAACGAUUAUGAAAAAGCAAUUCAUUAUAACCCAGACUUUGGUGUUGCAUAUGUGCAAAAAUGUUACACAGAUUAUCGUUUUGCAAUCUUUAACAGAGAUGUGACACUAGCAGAAGAGGCAAUGAAAGAUUUUGAAAAAGCUUUCAUAAAAUUCCCAGAUCGUUCUGAAUGUUACAUGUUGUAUGCUCAGAUGAUGGCUGAAACUCAACAAUACAAUAAAGCGGAUAUGUAUUUUGCUAAAGCAAUAGAGAUAGAUCCAAAAAAUGCAACUAUCUAUGUGCAUAGAGGCUUAUUACAAUUACAAUGGAAUGGUAAUAUCGAAAAAGCUGUGGAAUAUUUUCACAAAGCAUUAGAGACGGAUGAGAAAUGUGAGCAUGCAUAUGAAUCCUUAGGAAGUAUCGAAGUGCAAAGAGGGAACAUAGAGGAAGCAAUAAGAUUAUUUGAUAAAGCUUUGGAAUUGUGUCGUACAUCCAUGGAACUUACACAUAUAUACAGUCUUAGAGAUGCUGCAAAAACGCAACUUAAUUUACAGAAUAGAUUGGGUAUGGACAUUAUUCGAACGCCCUCCCGAUUCAUCCCGAAUCCUAUGUCUUAAAUUAUCGAAAAAUGAAAAUAAUAAAAAAGUAUGCAUUGUUACCAAA